UGCUUUUACAAAUUUAAAAAGAAUGUUGCAAACCAAUGUGACCCUUGCUCUACCAGAUUAUCAACAACCAUUCACCCUAUGUGUAGAUGCUAAUCAAGGUUAUAUGAAAGCAGUAUUAACACAGCCAUUCGGAGCAAAAGAGAGACCGUUAGCAUUCUAUUCAAAACGAUUAGAUGCAGUAGCAGCUGGCUUUCCACAGUGUUUACAGGCAUGUGCAGCUGCUGCAGAAGCAGUAAAGGUAUCAGCAGAAUUGGUACUUUGUCACCCCCUCAUACUUAAAGUUCCUCAUUCUGUGUCUCUAAUCUUGUUGCAGACACCGCUUCCAUUCUUAACACAUACAAGACAUCUUACCUUAGUGUCACUUUUGCUCUCACAACCUAACAUUGAACUUCAGCGGUGUGGCCUAUUGAACCCUAGCACGCUCCUCCCUACCGCAGAGGAUGGGGAGCCACAUUCUUGCAAAGCAACAAUAGAAGAACAAACAAAACCAAGAGCAGAUAUUCUGCAAACUUUUAUACCAGGAUCAGAAGUUGUUUAUGUAGAUGGCUCAGCAUCAAAAAAUGAUAUGGGAAAAAAUAAAGUUGGGUAUGCUGUAGUUACAUCUACUGAAGUGUUAGAAGCCAAUGCACUUCCCUCUACUUGUUCAGCACAAGCGGCUGAACUCUAUGCUGUGAUCAGGGCAUGUGAACUGUUCAAGAACAAGUCACUUACUAUCUACACUGAUAGUCAAUAUGUGUUUGCAGCUGUCCAUCACUAUGCAAGAGUCUGGAAAAAUAGAGGUUUUAGAACAUCACAGGGCACAUCUCUUACUCAUACAAAUUUGCUACUUAGAUUAUUAGACGUUGUGCAUUUACCGACUCACUUUGCACUGUGCAAAUGCAAAGCACACCAGACUGAUGACUCUGCAGAAACCGCAGGAAAUAGUUUUGCAGAUAAAACCGCCAAAGAAGCGGCACUGAAACAACCUACCACAGUGGCAGACAUUCUUUUUAUAGAUAGCGAUGUGCUAUGUGAUGCACAGAUUCAUGCUCCUAAAAUAGAAGUACAAAGUUGGAUCAAAAGAGGAGCAAUACAACGAGAGAAAGUUUACUAUAUGAAUGACAAGCCCAUCCUACCAAAAAAUUUAUACAAAACAGCUGCUUUGGUGAGCCAUGGAAAUACUCAUGUCUCAACAGGAGGGAUGGUACAUAUCAUACAACAAUAUUUCUAUGCUAUAAAUUUUUAUGAUUAUGCAAAACAAUUUUGUAGGACAUGCUUAAUUUGUUGUAAACACAAUGCACAAGGAAACAUCAGACCAAAACGUGGCCAGUUCCCCACAGCUGAGUAUCCGUUUCAAGUUGUACAUAUGGAUUUUAUUGAAUUAUCUUGGUCACAAGGAAAGAAAUACUGUCUAGUUAUUAUAGACACCUUUUCUAAGUGGGUAGAAAUAUACCCUGUAAAGCACUGUGAUGCAAUGACCGUUGCAAAAUGUUUGGUAAGCCAUUAUUUCCCUACCUAUGGCAUACCUCAUAUUAUAAGAUCAGACAAUGGGACUCAUUUUGUAAAUCAGACUAUGUCCCUUUGCUCACAAGCAUUAGGUUUUACGCUUAAGAAUCAUUGUGCGUAUCACCCCCAGAGCGCAGGCUUAGUGGAAAGGACCAACGGCACUAUUAAAACAAGGCUAAGAAAGACAGUGGAAGAGACAAAAAGGCCGUGGCCAGAAUGUUUGUCUCUAGUAAAAUUAUGGAUGAGAAUAACUCCCACUCCUGCAGGAUUGACACCUUUUGAAAUAGUGUAUGGUAGACCAUUUCCCCUAGCAACUGAAAUGAAUGACAUAGAAAAAGCAGACCGAGAAAAUACGCUGGCUGAUUGGAUGCGUAAACUACUAACAUCACAACAAAAACAUAGCCCCAGUAGUCUGCCGGUAAAUUCUGUUUCUACUCAACAGGAUAACUUGCAGCCGGGAGAUUGGGUCCUGGUCAAGGUCCUGUUGCGGAAAGAUUGGAGCACACCUCGGUGGGACGGUCCUUAUCAAGUCCUCCUCACAACACCAACAGCAGUAAAGAUCGCAGAACGACCUUCCUGGAUACACAAAAGUCACUGUAAACCCAUCAAGCCCUUAUCAGAGGCCUCAGCAACAGAGUAGCAGUGGAAGUCCGCUACAAAGGCACAGUAACCAAUAGGGUGCUGUUGUCUCAACCCGGUGAAGAAAACAACUGAGCUGCACUCUAUUUAGGAUGGCCCUGAUAGGGUGGGGAUGUGGUAAAGUGACUCUAGGGGUCAUUCUUGUUGUAGGACUUGUAUGGUUGUCCUUGCUCUCACCAGCUCCAUUACAGCACCUACGGCGAUGGACCCAUGAUGACUUCCAUCUACGCCCGUUGCCCGCUGACCACUCACAUCCAUUUAUGCAAAACUACUGGUACCGAUAUGUACAUGAUACUGUAACAGCGAAAAAUGUGACAAAUUGCUAUGUUUGUUCAGUAAUGCCCACUCAUAGUGAAGGACCUACGGUGUAUGGUAAAGCUAUGAACAUAUCCCAAGCCAAGUGCGCUGCUUCUUUCGCAGGAAUAGGAUACCAGAGCCGUCUUUCCCUUAUAUUUUCGCUAGCAGGGGAAGAUGUGAACAUAACUAUACCUGGGACUAAUAGAAUGACAGUGGUCCGAAUUAAGUAUCAGGAGGCUACAGGAAACUACCCAGAUGACGUUGGGUUUCAAAAUGGUACCUGUAUACAGGAUUUCUGGGUAGACUUCGCUGUUGCUAAAACUAAUGUCUCACUUCCUUUUUCUGUCUUGAUGGAAAGAGACCCACUGACAUAUCAGCAUGCCAUUUGUUUUAAGCAAGAUAAUGGUACGCGAUGGAUAGGAGGAAACACCACGAACUGUAACCUAACAUAUGUAGACAGCAUGUAUGGAUCUCCAAUUUCGAUGCUUCGCCCCAGUAAUGGAACAUAUUGGGUGGACGGAGUAGCAUGGUUGUGUGGACCUCGUGCAUACUUUGUCUUACCACCGAACUGGUUUGGAGUAUGCGCUCUUAUUUUUGUUUCAGAUCACACCUUCCUGAUAGCACAGGAAAGUAAAACUUUCUUCAGAAGCAGGAGAAGGCGUUCGAUAUCAAUACAACCCCAUGAUAGUGUGUGGGGAACCGACGUGCCCGCUGAACAUAAAUUGUGGGGAACAGGCAGUAAAGUUAUGCUGGCCCUGUUCCCUGGGCUAGGAAUCGGAAAACUCAUGCUACGCGUAGAAACUCUAAAUUAUAGACUAGGUCUAUUUAUGAAUGAUUCGAUACUGAUUAACCAAAAACAAAAUGAACAAUUAGACAUAACCAGACAGAUGGUAAUCCAGAAUCGUAUGGCAUUAGACCUACUGACAGCCGCACAAGGAGGAGUAUGUGUCCUCCUGAACCAAACGUGCUGCACUUACAUUCCUGACAAUGUGCACUCACCCAAUAUGACAUCUGCCUUAGACCGCCUCCGAAACUUACAAAAAGUGAUGACCAUGGACAGUCGACCGCAGUCCUCCUCAUCCUGGUUAGACUGGUUUAUUACAGGAACAUGGUGGUCAAUACUGAUGAAAACAUGCCUACCUCUUCUUUUGUUUUUCAUUUUAUUUUUCUGUUGUUUUAUUACUGUUAUACCAUGUUUGAAAAUGUUUAUUAAUCAAGCUCUUAAUGCUGCUUUUCGGACACGCAGUACAAUGUUUCUCUCCCUUACCCAAACUAUAGAGACAGAGCCUGUUUCCAAUGAUGGCGAUGAAGAAGACAUAUAAUUCAUAAUGACGGCCGAGCCGAAAGCACCCGUGCAGGGCUCGGACAUGAAGAACCGGAAUUAAAUGUUUUCCAGGAUAAUGACAAUGUGGUCUAAAUGAAGGUUGUACCUAAAGUGCUUUUGCAACUUGUACAAUGUUGAUGCUUCUGAUCAUACUGUCAUGAUAAACAGGAGGGACUGUUAGGUUGAAGAAACAGUUGUUAAUCAUUUCUGUAUGAUCAGCAAUGAGUGUAAAUAUAUAUGUAUACGUUAUUUCUUAUCUUCUAGCCACAUACUCUUAGCUAUUGUACUCUAAGUAAGUGCUUAACAGCUGCCUACUUAGAUAAGAAUCUCACUUCCCUCUCUUGCGCCCCCCAUUGACUAUAAAUAAAGAAGGCAAGGGGAACCACCCUUUGUAACACAUUCUGCUGUAGUUUGCAUUGCAGAGAGUGUGGGUACCCUUGCAAGUAAAACUGUAACCUGUGUGUGUCUCAUAAAUGUGGAGUUGGGGUGGAAACGCCGGGCGCUUUCCCCAACAUAGAAUUUGGUCCUUCGAGCCGGAUCCGAGGAAUCCCGAAGACGUCUCCAGUACGCCGAGAGAAGCGACACCGAAAACUGCCGGCAGUCACUCGAAGACGGGUGCAAGAAAGACCUGUGAUGUGAAUUCGUCAUCAGGCCGGUGGUUAGAACUGCGCUCGACGUCUGGUGAUGUCUGAAGGACCUCGGUGACGGAUCAGAGAGCACACUAUACAGGUGAGAGAUAUGGCACCUAAGUGAGUAGGUGGCCAAGUGAGAGAUACGGCACCUAAAUAAGUAGGUGGCCAAGACAUGCAUGUGGUUGAGGUUAGCCGAAAUUAACCGGGAGAGAAAGUAGGCGUUAUUGGAAAUAUAUACAGUGUUGUAUGUGGAUGUGUUUUUAUAGGUUUUAGAUUAACCUACACGAUCCACCCUAAAAGCAACAACAUACUGGUGACUGAAGGAUUAAGGACGGGUUUCAUCCCUGAAAACUAACACCGCUGCUCUAAUAGUGAGCAGUAGAAGGCCGUGUUAGUGUCCUCCUGAGGUCUCAUGCCAGAGACUUGCUUUUAGGAUUUUUUAUUUUUUGUAGUGUAUCCAUUAAAAGGUAACAAUGGGGAAGAAUCAAAGUAAACAAAUGGAACUAGAGGGAGAUGAGAAGUUUAUGGAAGGAUAUAAGCCAGGAUCAGGACAAAUAAGUAGUCAGAGAUGGAGGAAAAAACAUGGGUUUGAAGGAAAACUCCACACUCCAGAUAUAUUAAAAUUACAGGGAAACUUAAAACUGGAGAUGUUACAGACUACCAAUAAGAAAGAAGGUAAAGACAGAAAAAAAGAAUAUGUUUUUUCUGAUGCAUGGUUAGAACAGAGUAAAUUAAGAGAUAAUAAAAGACAGCAAAAAAAGGGAAAUAAGGAGAAAAAAUUACAGGCGACUUUAAUCACACUAGAUGAGGAGACGGCAACAAAAUCUUCUGCCGCUCCAGUUCCCUUACUGCCCCCACAAAUUCCAAUGAUUGC